AAAUAAAACCCCUAUUAAAUAAUAUAAUAUAUUUAAUAUACAUUUAUAAUUUAAAGUAAUUUAAACUAACAAUAAAAUAAUAAGGAAAAAUAAAUUAUAAAUAGACAAUUGUGGUACCUACUAUUAAUCUAUUACUAACGAUUUUAAUUAUCUUAUCGAGAGCGUAUUUAAUCUACUAUUUAUAAUAAAAUUAAUAAAUAUUAAAUUCAUUGUACUUGGGAUAUUAAUUAUUUUUGUUCUAUUAAUUGUUUAAAUUUAUCAAAAGACAUUAAGUAAGUAGAUAUAUUAUAUUAUUUAAUAUUAUAGUUCAUUAGUGUGUCUUGUUCUCGUCGCGUUCAUACGAAAUCGGAAAUACACAAACACAAUAUUUUGAAUAUUUCAAAAUUUAAUUUGUUACAGAAAAUUUAAAUUAAACAAACAAAAAUGACUGGUCGUCCUACACACAGUGGAUGGGAUGUUAAUUAUAUUCGGCACAUGGACCAUGGCAAAGGUAAAAAACGUGAAUUAAUGUAUCUAGUAAUUACUUAAUUUGUUUUAAAAUAAAUAUAAAAUACGUACUCGUACUAUCAUAUUUAAUUUUAUUAUGAAUUAAUUAUUCUUAGGUAAACAAUUAGCAAAAUGUUUGCUUUAUUCAAAAAUGUUGUCUAAUACCAGUAAAUCUCGCUUAUUGAUGCAUCGUAAUACUUGUAAUACUUCGAAAUUAAAUAAAACAGUAACAACAGGAAUUAAUAAAACUACUUCCACUCAAAAUAUCCUUAACGCAAAACCACCAAUGUUAGAAAUAAUGGGAAGAGCAUCUUCACCUAUCUCACCAAUAGCGUCAAGUUCAACAUCUGAUACUCUAACUCAAGGUAAACGUAAACAUGUAAAUAUAUUUGAAUCGGAUUCAGAUCCAGAUGAUCCAUUUUAUAAUUCAAAUUCAUCUAUAUCUAUGCCAAAUUUAACUUUAAAUGCAUCCACUAUAAUAUCCUCACCACUUCCAUUAGAAACUGACAAUGAUAUUUUACUCGCAAAUUCUUCACGUGAAAAACAAUUACAAAUAUCUGAUAAUAAUGAUAGUUCUACUUCAACAAACUCUGAUACAUUCGUUACAGUAAAAAAUAUAUAUAAUCAACAGGGUAAUAUUCAACGGUACCAUGAUAAAAUAACAAAUGCUGAAAUUGAUUUAGUUAACUUUAAAUUGGGAAAACUGUUUUUUGGAUGCAAUAUUCCAUUUUCUGUAGUCGAAUCUGUACAUUUUAAAGAGUUUUGCCAAUCAUUAAGACCCGCAUAUAAGCCACCAUCUAGAACUACUCUAUCAACAAGUGUUUUAAAUAAAGUUCACAAUAGUUUUUGUGCUGCUAUAAAGUUUCAUUCAAAGUCAGCUUUACUAAUAGAUGGU